CACUAGGACCAGAGCCGAUGGCGGCCACCGAACGAGUGCUUCUAUUAGCUUUAGUUUUUCGGAAUAUAUUUGCUUACGACAACCUCGCUUUGAAUCGGCCAUCAAGCUUCGAGCCGUUCCAGACAGCGGCUCCGGGUAACGAUGGCAACCCGUCAUCCUGCGUCACCAUGUCUCCGACAGCUACGUCAGUCGCCAGAUUUGUCGUAGAAUUUGCCAGCAGCAGAACAAUUCAAGAAGUCAACGUCACAUUUCCUUCAGGGGGAACUGGCAUGGAGGGGUUCUUCAUUUCUAUAUCCAACUCGUCGGAACUGGACAGUGGAUACAUUUGCUAUCGCUCAAAGUUGAAUGUAAUUCCGCCAUCAUCCAACACUUAUCCCUGUGUUGGUACCGGGAACUAUUUGACUGUAUACAACAGACAGAGAGACGGACCCAUAGACUUUGACAUCUGCGAAGUUGCAGUAACAGGAUGUUCCUACCAGAGGUUCGGUUACGAAUGUUCUCAGACAUGUUCCUGUCCAGGCGAAUGCCAUUUUGAGACUGGAGAAUGCAUUACUCCCAUAUCAGUUUGCAAUAUCACUGGACGUUGGGGAGAAAACUGUAACGAGGUCUGCGGGUUUUGUAAAGAUGGCGCUGCGUGCGACAUGUCGACAGGUUCGUGCCCGGCCGGAUGUUCCGCUGGUUACCGAACAAGCAAGUGCACUGUGGAAUGCAUCGGCGGGACAUUUGGCGAGGAUUGUCAAAAAUCUUGUGGUCAAUGUAAGAACAGUCGCUGUAACCCCGUGACAGGAGAAUGCGAUAACACGGGUUGUAAUACGGGCUACAUAGGGGCCUCCUGCUUCAAUAGCAACACCUUUUACAACAAUCAGAACGGAGCAACCUCCCUUGCCUGGCAAGGCAAUGUUGCUACGGGAAGCAUAAAUUACAACGGUCAGAUUUUGACGGACGAGAGACUGUCGUCCUGUGUCUAUCAGGCGGCAGCCUUCACCAAUACCAUAGGAUCAUCUUCCGUGCAGGUCACGCUGACGAAGGAAAGAAUGAUCAGAGAACUCGUCCUUUCUCAUUACCCGGAAGGGGUUACUGGUCCUACCUUAUCAAACAUGGCGGGGUUUAAGAUCUUGAUAUCAAAUGGUGUCACCGUUAAGGAUUGUUUCAACUGGACCUCAAGUGACGUCCCUAAACAGCUUCAAACCGUGACCUGUGUCGGCCUGGCAAAGGUCAUUACCAUUAUUAACACUAGGUCAAUAGGGACUACAUAUCCAUCUGCCUGGGGGCUCAAUCCUGGUCUAGCCUUUUGUGAAAUAGCUGCUAUAGGCUGCCCGGAGGGCAAGUUUGGUACUUAUUGUGAAAAAGACUGCAUUUGUCCAUUAUGUGAUUAUGUCACAGGGGCGUGCAAUAAUAUUGAUCAAAAUUGUCAGAUGGGAAUGUACGGUGUCAAUUGUGUAGAAAAAUGUGGAAAUUGCAAGAAUAAUGAAACAUGCGAUAUUGUGAAUGGCACGUGCCCAAACGGAUGUGCGGCGGGCUACAAUGGAACCGUGUGUAAAGAUGCGUGUUUGUCUGGGUAUUACGGAGAAAAUUGUGUCGGAGAGUGCUCCAAAUUUUGCCGAAACAACAGUGCUUGUGAACCCAUAAGCGGCAAUUGUCCAACAGGGUGUUCGGACGGAUAUCUCGGAGCAAACUGUUCACAGAUUUGUGAGAGUGGUACUUAUGGGAUGGAUUGUAUGAAUAACUGCAGCAGAGACUGUCGGGGCCAGGCUUGUAAUCAUAUAAGCGGGACUUGCACCAGUUGUAAUGUCGGAUAUCGGGGACAAUUUUGCACAGAUGCAUGUGAAAAUGGCACAUAUGGUCAAGACUGUACUAACCAAUGCAGCAAUUGUCGAAACAACUUAUGCAAUCACAGAAACGGCACUUGUUUCCAGUGUGUAGUCGGAUAUCAGGGGGAAAAUUGCUCAGAUGUAUGUAGUCCCGGUACUUACGGUCAGGACUGUGCCCAGCUGUGUGCAUGCGCCAACAACCAGACCUGCAACCAUAUAACCGGCCAGUGUCCAGUCAUCGUAACCAAUGGGACAAUAACCGAGCCCCAGGCUGCCUCAGCGUCGCUGAGUACGGACGACCUUGCCAUGCUCAUCUGCCUGGUGCUGGGGGUCAUCACUCUCAUCAUCGCCGUCAUCUUCAUCAUCAUCGCCGCUCGUGCCAACAAACGAUUUAAGCAGGAAGCAGAAGAAGACUCCGAAGAAAAACAAAAUAUUAAUAAACACAGCGAUGAGGUAGUGCCACUGUCAGGAAAUGGGCAUGUACCAAGUUCCCACAACGAACAUUUAGUGCAGGUUCAAGGUCCCUUCCCUAGCGCCCCUAAGCCCGCCCCUCCCGUGACGGAUGACGGGGGACUUUACUUUGGAGUGGAUGACUUACCAGCCAAGACAGAGGACUACUACAACUCUAGUGUGCUGUCCAGCGGGGUCUCCGUCCCAGAUUUGAAAGAGCGCAUUAAAAAUGGCCAGAAGAUGAUAGAGGAUGAGUUUAAAGAGCUACAAAAGGGGGCCGUCCAUCCUUGUACCAUCGCAAACAAAGUUGGAAACAAACCAAAGAAUAGAUACCUCACAGUCUUACCAUAUGACCACUCCAUUGUACAACUGACGCCUCUUUCUGGGAAGCCAGACACGAACUACAUAAACGGAAGUUACAUUGAUAGUACACUAGAGGACAAGGCUUACAUUGCAACACAAGGACCGAUGACAUCAACAAUUGGAGAUUUCUGGCGGAUGGUUUGGCAGACAUGUUGUGGCAAAAUAGUGAUGCUAACCAAUCUAAAGGAGAAAAACAAAAUAAAAUGUGCUCAAUAUUGGCCAAAUAAAGGGUCUACGCUAGAGUUUGGACUUUAUAAGAUAUCAGUGCAAGCCGAAAAGACGCACAUAACGUACGUCCAGAGGGCGCUACGUCUGGAGGACAUGACAACCAGCGAGUGUCGAACCAUUCACCACUUCCAUUACACGGCCUGGCCAGACCACGGCACCCCCGAUCACGUGCGGCUUGUAGCUUUCCACCAUCUUGUGUCGUCCGAGGAAUCGGACUUCAUUGGACCAAUGGUCGUCCAUUGCAGCGCUGGUAUCGGUAGGACGGGUACUUUUAUAGCCCUGGACUCUCUCCUGAAGCAAGCAAAACUCACCAACCAGGUGCAAGUCUUCAACUUUGUCAAACAUAUGAGGAAGGACCGCAUGAACAUGAUUCAGACGGCGGAUCAGUAUAUGUAUGUUUAUCACACAAUUUAUGAGGCAUUGAAUAUGAAAAACUCAACCAUUAAAAGAAAAGAUUUUCCAAAAGAGCACUUCAAACUUGAGGACCCGUCUUUUAAGGCGGAGAAGAGAACUGUGGCGGAAUUCAGGACUCUACAGGAAAUGCGGGGUGUUUUUACUGCCGACAAUCUCAAUCCAAAGCCAAAGAGAAAAGGCCGAAAAUCUCAGGACAACACCAUUGUUGAAACUUUACAGACCAUUAAAGUUCUGCCUUACGGGGACAGCAGGGGAUUUCUAUUGGUCCAAUCACUGAUGCCGACCAUGGACACGGAUCUGUGGAACUUGGUUAUGACGUCAGAGUCUGCAGUUGUCGUGUCGGUGGACAAACAGUCUAGCGAUAUUCUGGGCAGUUUCUUGCCUACAUCGGGGGAAAUUCGAGUGACCAACGGAAUGGCGGUUUCUAUCACUAGUUCCGCCAUCAAUGAGAAUGUCAACGCGUCAUGCUCUGCAGUGGACAUAACUAACAAGAACACUGAGCAAAGUGACGAAAUGACAGUUAUUAGAGCUUGUAUUGAUGGAAAGAACCCAAAAAUGACCGCUACGGAAAUGGCAAAUCUGGCAAUCCUAAUCGAACACACGGAAAAAUCCAGCUCACUCGUAGGCCCGACAAUUGUACUGAGCAGCGACGGAAUUUCAAGUCCCGGAUUGCUGUGCGUCGUUUCCUACGCUAUACAGGACGCCAUUAAAGAAAAGACUGUCAACCUAUUUCAGACUGUUCGUCAGUUUCAUAUCAGACACCCGGAAUUCAUUGCCACAAAGGAGGACUACGAUUUUUGCUACCACUCGGUGUACGAGUUCCUGUUGACAGAUAAUGAUUACGCCAACGUCGAUAAUGAUCAGGAAUAAAUUAUUUCUACAAACGUCUCAGCUACCAAGGCUAAAUAAGGCUAAAUGAUCAGAUACUACCAAUGACACCUUUUUACCAGGAGUCAGUUGGGUUUUUUUUUAUAUUAGAAUUGGGGACAAAUUACCAUACCAUUAGCUUUAACAUUUAGCAUUGGAAAACAAAGUUUCGUGUUGUUUCCAUAUUGCAAGAAAAGCAUUUUCAUUUCUUAUGAAAUUGUAAAUCAACAGUAAAUCUUAAUUUAUUUGGGUUUUUUUUUCAGAUAUAUAGCUUAUGUUUUUAUAUUGUAACUUGAGAAAUUGACUGUACGUUCAUUAAAAAUAAAUAAACUUGACUGUCA